AUGAUCCCCGUAGAUCUUCAGGGUAUGAGCCCAAAACCAGCCAUUGUGCUUGAGGGCGAGGUCUCAGGACCACGAUAUGGUGCAACGACGGCUGCUGAGGACCCAGCUGCAGGACUGCCUAGUGAUACGCAGGAUGUUGGUGUUUCGUCAGUUGUGGCUGGAGAGAACAUCCAGCCCCCAGUCGUUGAACAAGAGCCGCGUGAAGCCGCCACCUUGGAAGCUCCUUCUAUGGGGCAGCAGGGUGCUGGAACUGCGCUGCCGGUUGGAUCGGAAGCACCUGCCGCUUUGGGUUCCUUUGGUUCGGGGUCAGCUUCAACUUCGCAGAUGGUCUAUACUCAGGUGGGCCAGCGGGUUGAGGUUGGUGGAAUGGAGUUCUCGCCUCCUGAGGACUUCCCCAGUAACUCUGCUCAGCAAGGAACUGGAGCUCAGAACCUUUGGAUAAUGCGGCUUGGUGAGUUUGUGCAAAGGAGAGUGAGCCAAGCAGGGGCCAUGAUGACGCCUAUUUUGGAGUCUCGACAUGCCAGGACACCUAAUCAGGUUGCUACGCCCCCUGCUCGACAGCCCAGACUGUUUACACCUGAGGCAGAACAUGCAAUGGCACAGUGGGCGAGACGGGCUCCUCACCUCCACACUCCUGAGCCUCCAGCAAGGCCAGCGGAGGUAUCUUCCUCGAGCGGUUCGCUUUCUCAGGAGCAGCUCCUUGCAGAGGUGAAGCGGCAGGUUCAGCGAGAAAUGAGAGUACACGAUGAGCAGAAUCAGAACUUGAUACAGGAGAACCAGCAGCUGCGAACUAUGCUGCAGAAGGUUUUGGGAGAAAUGAGUGCGCGAGGCUUGGGAGGUCAAGGAGAAGAAGAUGGACGUGGAACUUCAGGAGGACCUCAGGGAACCGAGGCCGCUCCACCAGCGGAUCGUGAUGGCAAUCCUCCUGGACUACGUCUUCCUUCCAGCGGAGAUGGAGGAAUUCCCUUCGGACCUCAACCUGAUGGCCCUCGCGUGACCUUCCCACAACAUGCAGGUGAUCCUCCUGGACAACGAGAAGGAGCUACAGGCUUCUGCGGUGAUCCCCUGGGAGUACGUGGACGUGAUCUAGGAUGCGGUCCACUUGGUCCUGGAGAGUGGGGUGGUGAUCCUUCGGCUCCUGUUGCAGGUGAAUCACGAGGCCACGACUCGGCACAUGGAGGGCCGAGCACGGCGAGAAGCCCCAUCGAUCCAAUGGGGGCUCUAAUGCAGGGCAUGGCGCAGUUGCAGAAUGCCAUGUCGCAGAGUUUGUCUUCCAAGGCAAAGGAGCCGGAACAGGUUAAGCCGGGCGUGGCGGAGUUGCCGAAGUUGGCCGAGCUUUCCAGCAACUCAGCCAUCGACGUGGGAGACUGGCUACACGGCCUACAGAAUCAUAUGGGCGACCUCUCCAAUGGCAGCAGUGCGUGGUGGAAGGAGAUCCUUAAAUGCCUGGUUGCCUACUACGUGGUUUAUAUGUCCUCUUCCCAUGUGGGCAAGCUUGCGGUGAAGCCGGAGGCCUAUGAGUCGGAGGAGCUCAGGGAUGUCAGAUGGGCCAGGGUGGAUAAGAGGGCGGCUGCGAUGAUCUUGGGAAGUGUCCCGGAGACAGUCAAGAGUGAGGCAAGGGUGAAUGGAACGCUGCCCAUGCUGGCAAGAAUCAUCGUCCUCUAUCGCCCCAGCUCUGUUGCGGAGCGCCAGCAGAUCUUGAAGGCGCUCGAAGCCCCUGGUACGGCCGCUAAUGCUGUGGACGCCGUGAACGAGCUAAGGAAGUGGAGCAGGUGGAUGUCGAGGGCUACAGACAUGGGGCUUCAGCCCCCGGACGCCAGCGUCCUCAUCAAGGGCUUGGACCAGCUCGUGAAGGUUGUCUUGACUGAGAACCAGGACAUUGCCUUCCGAGUCUCAAUGCUCCGAUACAACAUGGAAGUGGACACACGGCCCACAGUCAAGGGCGCUAAGGACUUGCAUCAGGCUUUGAUGUCGGAGUUGGAGCAAGUUGCGUACAGGAGCAGGCCUGGAUCUUCGAGUGCCCCGUUUGUCAAGGCAGCGACGGCACUACCUUCAACAAGGCCGUCAGCAACUCCACCUGCAGAUGGUGGCGCCAGUGUUGGGAGCCCGAAGGCCAAGGCAAAGCCUAAUUGCCGUUUCUACCUGACGGACAAGGGAUGUUCCAGGGGCAGUGCCUGCACCUUCUCCCACAACUUCACCCGCAAGGAGAAGGCUGGGAGGUGCUGGACAUGUGGGAGUACGCAGCACCAACAGAAUGCUUGCCCCACCAAGGCAGGCGGAACCAGCCCCACAGCAAAGCCGGGUGGAGCUCCGGGACCCAAGCAGUCGUCGAUCGUGGCGUCUGCGACAGUUACCAAUGCAGCCGGAAGUGAGGGCACCGCGGUUACUACCGGCGGCACUACUUCAUCCACUACUACCGCGCUGCCAACGGAGCCUACCACGGGAUCUACUACUUCGUCGCUCCCGGAAGGGGAGCUGAAGAGCUUGCUUCAGGAGGCUUCGGCGAUGCUUAAGGAGAUCCGGCAGCUCAAGAUGAUGGCGCUCUCGUCCACGCAGGUCGAGAAUCAGGCGGUUGGACACAAGUGCAACCCAAUGGACGGGAGAACUGGGCUGUUGGACUCUGGAGCUAGCCACCCAUUUAGGGAGGCAACUGAGGAGGAGCUAUGUGACGCUGACCUGGUGCGUGUGCAACUUGCAGACGGCAAGGAAGUUGUUCUCGGCCAAGGACCAAGUGGAACUCUUCUUACCCGGAAGUCCGGGUCUAAUGCCUCUGGUCCGAUUGUGCCCCUCGGAGCGUUGGUCCAGGACUUAGGCUGCCAAGUGUCUUGGACGAGACGAGGAGGUCUGGUCAUUCGUCACCCUGAACAUGGAGUGAUCAGGCCAAUGCUGCAAGGAAGGUGCCCUGUGGUGGCGGAGGCCCAAGCGUUGGACCUCAUCCGCGAGAUUGAGUGCGAAAAGCUGCGGGAUUUGCAAAGGGCUACGCGAGCGACUGCGAGAUCGUUGUGGCUUUGGGACGUUGAGAAGCCAUGGGCGAAGCACUUGGAAGACUUUGUGAAGACGGGCUCUCGGGCCUCGCAGCUGCAAGCUUUGUCUGUUGAAGGCUCGCCGUUUGCGUCCUGGACUGCGCUGGAGAGAUCGGUGAUUUCGGAGGCGAUAAGCCUGGAUGAUAAGUCGGGUUGGACGUUUCUGAGGGCAAUGCCGGGGUCACGACAAAGGAGAAAGAGGUUGAUGACUACCCCCUGGGUGUUGCAUUUGUUCUCUGGACCUGGUAAGUCCUUGGAUCCAGUUUUCCGGGAGCUUGAUGACGGCAGAGUGCUGGUGCAAGUGGACAUCAACCGAUCCAAGGCGGAGGACUUGAGCAUGGUGGCGGGAGUAUACAGGGCUCUGCUGUGGGCUGCGGCAACUGGCAGAAUUGAUGGAAUCAUUGGAAGCCCGCCCAACAAACCGGAGUUGGUUCAGAAGAUGAUGUGGUUGUCAGUGGUUUCAAAGGCAGCUAGGGCUGUGCAUGGUGGCCACCCGGUUUUCGUGCUUAUGGAGAGCCAGAAGGUGAUGAAGUUGGCGCGCAAUCCGGGUGUGGACAAGUGGAGUUCGGUGUCGUCUUCAUGGGACGCGUUCAUGGAAGCGGCUUGCCUUGAGGAGGUGGGCCCCAACGUGGUGACGAACCUCAACUUAGAGGACCCUGUCCCGUUGGCGACCGGCAGUGAUUUGGCUUGGACUGUGGAGUUCAAGCGAGCUAUUGCUUCAUCCGCUACGAGAUGGGGCCGUGAACCGGAUGCACUUCAGGUGGUCAAGUGGAUGAAGAAGCUUGAUGCUGAGCAGGGUAAGUUCUUGGAAGGCUUUACGGAUAAGGAGCUACAGAUGUGGCGCACACAUGUGCGCAACAACCAUUUGCCUUUCAAUCGAAGAUGCGGCACCUGUGUGAGAUCUUCGGCAACAGGUCGGGCUCAUCGUCGGGUUCGUCAUCCCAGUGCACAUUGCUUGAGUUUGGAUGUUGCGGGCCCUUUCAGGCAACGAGCUGCGGACCCCAAUCACAAUGACUAUCGCUACCUGCUUGUUGGAGCCUACUUGAUGCCAAGGCCACCUGAUGUACCACCACCUUCCAAAGAGCCUCCCAAAGAGCCACUUGAUGUACUACCACCUUCCGAAGAGCCACUUGAUGUACUACCACCUUCCAAAGAGCCACUUGAUGUACUACCACCUUCCGAAGAGCCACUUGAUGUACUACCACCUUCCAAAGAGCCACUUGAUGUACUACCACCUUCCGUAGAGCCACCAAGCGAGUCACUUGAUGCACUACAAUCUGAGUCGGAUGACACGGGCUGUGGUGUUGGAAAGGUAGAUCCUGGAGCUGGAUUCUCAGUUUUAGAUCCGUUUGUCGAUGACCACGAUGAUCCUCACCCUAUGCAAGAAGCUCCUGAAGGGCGAGUUCGGGAAGUUCCUGAUGAUGAUACCAGCGAGUUACGCGGGCUGUCCCAGGAGGAGUUUGAAAGGAUCUAUGACGAGGUCGGCCAGGAGCUUGAUUACGAGACGGUGUACGUGGUUAGACCAAUGAGAACAAGGACGGCAGCGGAAGUCAUGGCGGCGGUUCAGGAGUUGGUGUUGAAACUACGAGCAGAGGGCUUGCACAUUUCUCGUGUUCAUUCGGACCGGGCAAGAGAGCUUCGAGUUGAACCUCUACGUCGCUGGCUCUUAGAGAGGGGAGCCCUUUCUACGUAUACUGAAGGACAAGCGCCUCAGUCAAAUGGGCGUGCGGAGGCGGCUGUCAAAUGGGUGAAGACGGCUGUGAAACGAUUGCUUGAGUCCUCGGGCCUCGGGAAGGAAAACUGGGCGGUGGCGGCCAACUACGCAGCACAGGAGCAGAUGGAGAAGGUUUUGAGGCGAUCUUCGCCUAUGCUACCGUUCGGGACAAAGGUGCAUGUGCGGUCAAAGGUGUACGGGACAGGAGGGAGAUACGACUUGGACUCAAGAUGGAAGGCAGGCCGCUACGUAGGUCCAAGUUUGGAAGUUCGGGGCGGUCACCUCAUAAGGUUUGAGAACAGGGCCUACAUGACGUCUACUCAUCUACGACCUUAUUUACGGGAGCCUGAUCAGAUGUUUGAUCUUGAUGAGUAUGAGGUGACGUUACCGGUUCCGGCGAGGAGAUUGAGAACGAAGCUUGGAGCGAAGGACCUGGAGCUUCCUGAUGAUGCCGGUGAUGGCCCUCCUAACUACGAUCCUGAGCAUCCUGCUGAGCAAUUUGCGCUUCGUUUGUUAGAAGAAGAGCGCCUGACCCCGGACCAGCUAGAGAUUUUGGCUUUGAUGCUUCCUUCGAAUGCUCCCCUCCCAAAACGAUUUGGUCCUCAAGCAGAAGCCCAGAAGAUGUGGAUCUCUGGAGCGUUUGUCCAUGGAGGUAUAGUGGGGGUAAAGAAUGCUACUUCAGCUUUUCCGGCGAGUACAAAGGCCCUUGUUAAGUACGUGAAGCAGCUUCAGCCCGACCACAAGUUCAAUGCAGUGGCUGUCUCGGUUAAUGUAGAGGCCCAACAGCAUGUCGAUGCUCACAACGUUGGAAAUAACUUGAUUGCUGGGCUGUCCUACUUCAAGGGUGGCGCGCUGGAGGUUGAGGAGCCGACUGGUGUGAAGAUUUUGCCCUUGGACGGUGAUCAAACGCAUCAACUCUUCAACCCCAAGUACAAGCAUUCAACAAGGCCCUGGUACGGUGGAACAAGAGUUGUUUUGGUUGCGUACUCAGUGAGGGACAGUGGAAAACUGGGUGAAGCGAGGACCUCGUACCUUCGUGAGUUUGGUUUUGAUUGGGAUCCUCAUUUGUCAAGGCCUGAUGAACCACAAGAACCACCAGUGUCAGCAUUGAAAGCGAUGCGAGUUGGACUCAUGGAUGCCAGUCAGCCAGACAGGAAUGACCAUGCCCUACGCCCUGGAGCGGAUCGGGGUGAUCAAUACGAAGCCCACCCAGAACAACCUGCAGAUGCUAAUCGAGGCCUUGAUGGUGGGAGCAAAAAUUCUUCGGCUCACUACAUGACUCAUGACCUCGAAUUGGCCAUCGGAGACCUCGAGGACCGAGCUGCUCGCUUACGCGAUCUACUUGAGGAGGAGGAAAUCCUCAGUGAAGAGUACCGGCGAAUGGGACAAGAGACCCGGGUGCACCUCACAGACACGAGGGAUCAAGUGAGUGAGUUUCUCGAGUAUGUGCACCAGGAGUUGGUGGGCCUAGAGCGAGUGAAGUUGAUGGCUUGCGUAAUGUCGGCAAGGACUCCGGCCGAGGGUGCGGGAGAGGAGGAGAUCGACUACGAGGCUUUGCUUGAAGGUUUAGAGGAGGACUUGAAAGUCGUUCAUACUGUGCCCACAGCCCAGGUCAAACAAUAUCUGUCGCGGUGGACCGAGGCCAUCCGGAAGGAAGUUGAGGCUUUGUUUUCUUCUGGAACUUUGAGAAGGGUGACCAUUGAAGAGGCCAGACGCCUGGAAUCCACCAAGCAGGUGAUCUUCGCUCCCGCCAAGUGCGUGUUCACCCUAAAACCCCCCCAGGUUGUGGGGAAGAAGGCGCGGCGCAAAUGCCGCCUUGUGAUAUGUGGAAACUUUGUGAAGGACAACCAGUGCUUUGGCGACUUGUACGCCGCUGGCACAUCUACGGACGCGCUGAGGUUGAGUUUGGUCAUCGCGGCCAUUCGCCAAUGGGUCGCUGGGAUCAGCGACAUCACAGGGGCGUUCCUUUUGGCCACGUGGCCGGAGAAUCUCCCGAAGUAUGGAAUAUACCCUCCUCGUGUUGUUCGGGAUGCUGGAAUAACUGGCAAUGAAGCUUGGAUAGUUGAACGGCCAUUAUACGGUCUUCGGGAGUCUCCUCGCAUUUGGAACACCUACAGGAAUGAUCGACUCCGCAAGGCUCGUGUUUGCGUCGGAGACUUGGUGCUGAUCUUGAGACCUACUGUUUCAGAGCCUGAGCUUUGGACGGUCCUGUGUGAGGUUACUGGGACUAUGCAUGGUCUUAUCGUCCUUUACGUGGAUGACAUCGCCUAUUUCUCUACCGAGCCCAUUGUCAAGGCGUUGCAUGCCUUUAUCAUUGAGGAGUGGCCAGCCUCCGAUUUGGAAUGGGUGAAUGACUUGGAGCCGGUGAGGUACUUGGGCAUGGAGAUUCAAACGGACUCUCGAGUUGGUUCUGAUGGAGUGGCAAGGCGAGUCUUCACUGUGGGGCAGUCGGCCUACGUGAAGGACGUUCUCAUGUCUUAUGGGCUGGAGGGAUGCCAUACCACUCAGCUACCUGUUCCACGUGAGUGGAUUGAGCAAGCUGAAAACGAUGAUGAGCCUGAGCCUGAUAUUGAUGAGGAAGCGAUUAGAAAGGCUCAGAAGAUCGUUGGCGAGCUCCUUUGGCUAGCGACCAAGACGAGGCCAGACUUACUGUUCACGACCAGCCAUAUGGCUAUGACUUUGGCAAAGAAGCCAGCCUACGUCUCUCGAGUGGGGCAGCGAGUCUUGACCUACCUGGCGGGAUCAGCGGACCUUCGGCUUACCUUAGGUCCAACAGAGGAAGUACCCAAUGAACUGAUUUGUUUUACCGACGCCUCCUAUGCUCCGUAUGGUCGUCGCAGCUUUGGGGCUGCUGUUGUAACUCUGGCUGGGUGUCCAAUUGCCUGGAAAGCAGGCCGCCAAUCGUUUAUCACCCUCAGCGUUAUGGAAGCAGAGCUCUACGCAGCAACGCAGGGGUGCACAUUGUUAAGUUCGAUCCAUGCUUUGCUCGACGAGGUGUGUCCCGGCAGGUUUGUCAGGAUCCUCGCCGUCGAUAAUCAGAGCGCGGUUUCAAUGUGUGCUGGAGGCCCUGGAUCCCAAAGGACUCGUCACCUUAAGAUUAGGGCAAACUACGUGAGAGAGAGCGUGGAGAAUGGCACCCUUGUUGUACGACAUGUCCCAGGGGAUCUUCAACUGGCAGAUCUGGCAACCAAGGUUCAACCAAAGUUGCGACUUCAGAGGUUGUUGCAGCUUUGGGGCUUUGUUGGGUUUGCAACUGAGUGGAUCAAGGAGCUAAAGUUGAAGUUGAUGAUGAUCCUGGUGACGAUUGCUCAGUGCGUGUGUCCAGCACGUGGCGCGGAACUGGAGUCGAAGGACCCCUUGCCUACUACCGGAUGGGACGAGCUACUACUAGUUUGUCUGGUGGUUUCAGUGUUCGCGGUGAUUGCUUGGGAGGGUGUCCGAUGGGCUUAUAGGGAGUGCAAGCGGUGGCAAAAACGAGUCAGGCGUGCCAAGAAGUUAGAGGAUGUUGGUCGUCUUGCUGCUGGUGCGGCGAGGCGUGAGAUCGCGGAGGAGACCACCUACGCCUCCUAUCCCUACGCCGCCUGGAACUCCGCCGACUUCUACGUCCAGGACACCUGCGACUCCACGGGCGUCUCCGUUGAGACCGUCUACGCCUAUGGCAUCUCCGAGUACUACUACAUCAGCAAGGAGAUGACGGGAUGCAUGAAGGAGCAGAAGCUGCACGAGAUUGAGCGGGAGAUGAAACGGGGACUGGCGUUAGAGACCAGGCGCAGGCAGGUGGCGCUGGAGUUGCAGAGCCGUGGGCAACUUACCGAGGAGAGGAAGAAAGAUCUGCUAGAGGCGGGAACGGCAGAAGACCUAGAUGAUAUUUGGGCGCCCUUCCAACAUGCAGAGGGGGCUGGCAUGGACCUUGGCAUGGGCCCGCAAGACUUGCAGCUCCUGGCCACUUUGCUCGAAGAUUCGGCGAGGCAUGGCGAGGAGGUCUGCGAAAGUCCGGCAGAAGCGGCAGCGCGCAUCCUCAAGCUCUGCGGUCUGGAGGUCAACCUUGCGGCAUCAAGUCCCUGCACGCCUCCCAAGAGCGGUGCUCAAGAGAUGAGUCCGAAGGGCGAAGAAGCUCGAGCAGAGGAGCUUUCCACGCCCGCAAAGGGGCCCAAACGACGCCGCUUCCCAUCUGCCGUGGAGGAAAUUCCAGCAGCAGAGCAAAAGGACGAUCUGCCCAACGAAGCGCGGGAGAUGAGGGAGUCGCCGUGA